AUGACUGUGGAGGUUGUUCUUCGCGCAUUUGCCGGGGCUGCCAUGUUUAUCUCCCAGCCCGAAAAGAUCGUCGAAACUUCAUCAAAAGCGCACUGGGUGGUAAUCUUCUCGAAUUUUGCGAGAAAUGUAAGGUCUUCAUCGGCGAGGAAGGCCAAACCCAAGUUUUCGGGACUUGCACGGCAAUUUCAAAGAUCGAGUGGAAAAUGGGAACAUCCAACCCCUGAAGCCCAAGCAGCGUCUGAAGGGGAAAUCCUGGAGUAUCGGCGUCUCCAUCUGUGGGAAUUCGAACGUCAUAUGGAAGCUGCCUUCCUGGCCGCACUUAAUUUCAAUGCGAGAAGGUGGGUAGCUGACCCUGACCAGGAAUUCUCCAUGAUAUAUCCCAAGAUUGGCCAGUCUUUCGACAAAGAAUCGAUGAUACCGGCGGACUCGCAGACUGACUACCGGAAAUUGCCCACGGACAACAAGGUUGCCCUUGCCCUGUGUCCCGCGGUGUACAAGACGUGGGACUUUAGCCCUGGCGACAGGCGACACACUUGCAUACUCAAGGCCUUGGUCAUGGCGGCUUUGGUCGGGAUGAGACAAGGUUCGGGUAUCUCCCGCUCACGGAUAUGCCUUGAAUAUGCCCAGCGGAGGACCGAGGGUCGGCUGACGGGCUUCUAA